AUGUCCACUCCCGCUUCACCUUCACUGGCCGGACCGUGCGGCGACUGCUGCAUCAAGAUGGUCAAGCACUCCGGCGAGUCUCGUGGCAAAGCCGUAGAAUACGGUGGAGCGCGCACGUACGUCGUGACCCCGGCCGACUUCGGGCACAAGACGGAAGGGCCGCACGGCAAAGGCGUGGUCCUGUACUUCUCCGACAUCUUCAACGCUUUCUACAUCAACGCUCAGCUCACGAUGGAUUACUGGGCUAAUAAUGGGUACACCGUGCUCGGGAUUGACUAUUUCGAUGGCGAGAGCGUCGCGGAAGUGGUGAGCAAGGGAGGCGACUGGAAAGUCUGGGUCGAACCGCACCUGGCGAGCGCUCCGGAAGUCACGAAGCCGUGGCUGGCAGAGGUGCGCAAGCAGUACGCCGGCGCAAAAUUCUUUUGCAUAGGAAACUGCUUCGGCGCCCCGUACGCGAUGAACCUGCUUGCGGAGGACUGGCUUGCCGCGGGGGCCUUCGCGCAUCCAACCUACCUCAACGAGAGCCACUUUGAGCGCGUGCAACAGGAGGACUUCAGCUUCUCGCUCGAGUCUCGUCGCCGCGCGGUCGACAUCCUCAUCGAAGGAAAGAAGGAUUACAGCAUGGUUCUCUACGGUGGGAUUGCCCAUGGUUUUGCCACGCGCAGCGACCCAAGCGUCCCAACGCAGAGAUGGGGAAAAGAGCAUGCGGCACUGAGCGUGCUCGCAUGGUUUGACCACCACAGGAACAUCACCGGUCCUGCAUGA